AAGUACGGUUUAUUUUUUAUCCGAAUUUCUUGCCAGUUAUUGGAUGCGUUACUUACGGUUUAUGGAUGCUAAGGACGGUCAUAUUGCUUUGGCUGCUACGAAACUUUCCGUGCGAGUGAAAUCCGUGGACAAAUUAAGGUUUGAAAGGGGUGCCAAAUAAGUGGAAUAUCUUGAAAUUCGAAUCUGAAACAAAUUAUAAGGAGGUGUAAAAAAUUGCUAAGUUGGUGUUAGGGGGAGUGAUUUCUUUUCUGGUAUACGAAAUUUUUGCUUACCAACGAUAGUGGAAAAAGGCAUUUGAAAAAACGCGUGCCAUGGAUGGCGCGCCCCCCGGGGGUGGGGGACCUACAAUAUAUGUAGAUUCAUCCCCCAUUCCCCCCUAUAUGCGUUCGUCAAAUUUUGACGGGCGAAAAAUUUUCUUGAAAGUCCAAAGACCAGGUGAAAAUCCUACACCGCUCCCAAAAAAUCCGUUUUGGUUUUCGUCAUUUGUUGAGGCUAAGAUUGGAAAACCACUUCGAAAGGAAAUCGAUAUGGCUAUCGAUGGUAAAGGACUAAGCUAUACACUUAGUACCUACAACACUAAACUUGCAGAAGAACUUAAAAAAAUCAAAGAGCUUGAUACAAACACCGCAAUAGAAAUUAUUGACCACCCGGGACUCAACAAAACGCUUGGGAUCGCCUAUCUUCAAGAAGCAACCGACAUAUCGGAAGAAGAAAUUUUGAAAGAGUUGAAAAGUCAGGGUGUGACUGCUGUCAGAAAGAUAACGAAAUAUAUCGAAAAGAAACAAGUCAAUACGCCGAUGAUGGUCCUGACUUUUGGCAGUACUAAAUUGCCGAAAGAAGUUUACUUUGGAUGGAUUAAGGUAUCGAUACGAACGUAUUAUGAGAGCCCGAUGUUCUGCAAAAACUGCCUUAACUAUCGCCACACAAAAAAACGUUGCGAUCAGACAACGCGUUGCACACGUUGCGCUGGAAAUCAUCCAAAUACAGAAAAUAGCUGUAAGGAAGUUUUUCGCUGCCCGCAUUGUCCGGACGGCAAAAACGAGCACUCCGCGGCGGGGCGUAAAUGCCCGUUAUACCGCCAUGAGGAAGCGGUCAUUCGUUGCAAAACGGAUGAGUCAAUUUCCUGGGCAGAAGCUCGGAAAAGGGUUGGCCCGUUCAAUGCCAAACCCACCUACGCAUCGGUAACCGAUGCUGACAGUGCUAAUAAGGACAAGAUUAUUGAGAGUCUCUUGGAAAAUGUACAAAAAAUGACUGCUACAAUCGAACAAUUAACUAAAGAAAACCGCAAAAUGGCUCUAGACCACAAAAUCUUCAAGGAGAAGGUUCAAAAUUACUUUAGAGAAAACAAUUUAUCUACAACGCUUACCACACCCACGAGAGAUCGCAGCCAAUCAGCGAGCAGAUCAGGAAAUACGUCUACCACAAAUCAACAGCAACAACUUCAACUACAACAAAAACUUCAACACGAACAGCAACAAGAAGAAGAAAACUCGACCUUCCAAACACCGAAACCCUUCACAAGGCAAUCUAGGAAAAACCAAGCAAACUCAACUGCACAAACCUCUUCAACGGCGAAACCUACGGAUAAGAAGAAUGGAAAACGAGGACCACAAUCUCCCCUGGCAGAGAAAGCAGCUUAUAAAAAUCUCAAACAGAGCAAAAACCACGAAGACAGCGCUGAAGAAGUUCAACUCUCUUCCGAAGAAGAAACAGAGGAUGAGAAUGCUACCACGGAGAAAGGAAAGUUUUUUCGUAAUUAAUAGAAACGAAAACCUAACAAAU